CAGCAGCAGCAGCAGCGCAAAGCCACCGCUGCUGCUGCUGCCAGUUUGAGCAGCAAAAAAACUGCUGCAGUGCCUAACAGCAACCGCAGCGGGGGUAGCUCUUCCGCUGCAGCAGCAGCCUCCACGCAGCAGCAGCAGCAGCAGAUACACCAGAGACGGCCACAACAACUCAAAAAGCAUCAGACAUUCCAAGUAUCCGACGUUCCUGAAGACGCCUUGUUAGCUUUUCCUUCCCUUGCACAAAGCCUUGAAGCACUGCAGUCUGCAGAAUCUACCAUUGGGCAAGCCACAGAGAGAAUUCUCACGCUUUUGAGAGACACCCACAAUCCGUGCCUCCAUCUCCCCGCUAACAGACAGUCGCUGCCUUUGCUGCUUUCUCGAUGUCGCCUGCGCAUCUUCAUUUACAACACGCACGCAAAUCAACAGCCCCCACCUACCGUCUCUGAGCACCACGCGCCACACUUCCAAGUGCCUCCCCUUCACGAGCUGCAGCCGCCCGCUGCUGUUGCUGCUGCUGCUGCUGCUGCAACAGCCGCUGCUGCUGCAGCUGCUGCUGCUGCUCAGCAACAGCAGCAGCAGCAGCAGCAGCUGUUGCUGCCACCCCCCGCGCUGACUUCUCUCGUGCAGGAACCUCCGCCUUCUUGGGCAUUGCAUAUAAAGGGGCAAGCUUUGGAUAAGCAGGUGCGUCUGCGCUGCUGCCUCUCUUCCUUCUUCGAGCGAAUUGUUGUGCUAACUGGCUCGCAGACUGUGGCGUGGCAUUGGGGUGGGGGUGAUCCUGUGGAAGAGCUCGUGCUGCAAAGGCGGGGUGACACCCCCUUGACGUUGAAGAUCCUCUUUUUCCUCAAGCACAGGCUUCCCACAUUUGGGCUUUCCCCCCAGCUCUCGGCAGUUUGUGCAGGCCAGAGGCAGCUCUCACUCUGCUCAGUCCUCCGUUGCAUCUUCUCGUACUGCCUCACCAAGGGGUUGGUGCUCUCCGGCAGCGGGAGCAGCAGUUGCAGCAGUCUGAACAGCAACAGCGGCAAGCCGAAUUACAAGGGAGUCCGCUUUCGCACAGACGAGCUGCUGCGGCGAGUGUUUGGAUCUGAUGUACAGACAUUUGGAUUGCCCGACCUGCCCGAGUUGCUACGUCAACACCUUCUGCCACCAACCCCCGUCGUUAUCACACACAAUUUGCGCCUCUCAGGCGAUUGGCUUGAAAGCGAGCACACGUAUGAUUUUUCUCUGGAUUGCAUUGACACCACGUGCAGCGGCAGCAGUAAUUGCAGCGCAAUCAGCAGUGCAGCAACUGCCUGCUGCGUUUUAGGUCUCGAAAGUUGGCUGGCAGCUCCCCACCAGCACGCCCUUUCCCCUGCCCAGCAACAGAAGCAGCUCGCCCUGAAUGCAGAGAUGGAUACUCUUGAUAGCCAGCUGACGUUGCUGCUACAGCAGAUUCAUCAGCGUGUGGCGCAAAUGCAACUCUAUAGCGCCUUGGCAAAAGAUCCCAAGGAGCCCUGGCUAGCCCGUGCAGUGGGACGCUACUUGCAGAGGAAGGCGCUGCCUCUCGAGGAUCAAAUUUGCAAAGUAUUCGCGGCGUAUGGACUUGCAGAUCCGCGAAAGAGACAGCGCGAGGUAAGCGUGUGGCGUUGCCGCCUUGAGCGGGGUCGGGAGGAAGAGGAGGGACGAGGCGUUGCUUAA